CAUCUUUCCCAUACCAUCCCUUGACUUCAGGUUAUCUUCCUUCACUAUACAAUCCUUCUUUUCCCCUUCCUUUGCUUUUUCUUUUUUAUUUAAGUUAUUUCGGGAUUCAAUCUAGUCAUUCUUCUGUUGCCAUUUGAUUUCCAACUCUUUUCCUCACCAGACUAAUUCCUUUUUUGUCACCACAAAACCCACUUUGCCUUCUUAGCUCUAGAACAACAUUUAAAAACUCAGAUAUUCGCUGAUGGCGUCAAACUGCUCUUCCUCAUGUAGCUCCGGCUCUUCUUGGACUCCAAAGCAAAACAAAUUAUUUGAAAAGGCCCUGGCUAAAUAUGAUAAGGACACCCCUGACCGCUGGCAGAAUGUUGCAAGGGCAGUGGGUGGAAAAUCAGCAGAGGAAGUGAAAAGGCACUACGAGCUUCUAGUACAGGACCUCAGGCACAUUGAGUCAGGAAGUGUCCCAUUUCCCAAUUACAGAUCAAACUGAAACAACUGCUAAGGCAGUGAACAUUCUGACCACAGGCUCAGGAAGUACGUGAAGGUUAAUCAAAGUUCAAGUCACAGCUAAUAUUAGACCCAGAAUCAAAUGUGUAAAAAUUAUCAACAGCAGUAUUGAAAGACUCUCUCUCUCUCUCUCUCUCUCUCUCUCUCUCUUAUUGCAUAAUUGUAAUCAUGUUGUAUGCCCAAAUUAUUAUUUUUGGGUGACUUUUUUAGCUGCUGUAUUUGAUUUUCUAGAUCAAUGACGAAGUAUCUACCCAUUUACAAUAUUAAAAUUUUAAA